AUGGCCAGCUAUCAUGUACAAAGGUCUGACUGUUAUCAUUUUAGUGGUUUUACUAAACUGCAUGAUGCAGUUGAGUCGGGUGUAGAUAAAACUGAGAAAAAUAUUGCCAUUCUUCAAUACAACCAGGUCGAUCAGCGAUCUGCAGUCACGAAAUCUGACGAUAGUGUAGCAAAGAUCAACGCCGUCGUCGACUUUCUUAAGGAAACCGCGAAACAGAUACAAUCCAAUUUACAUGUACCUCCGACGCACUACAUCUCAAGCUCAAACAAUCUAGCCGAUAUACAAUUCUACGGAAACCCAUAUCAACGACUCUCGACCAUUACUAAAUCCUUCCGGCCAAUCGUAUGUGUCUACGUCAGUUAG